AUGUUUUCAAAUGUCAUGGCCAAGAGAGAGCAUAUCGAGCCAAAGGCUGUCAGUUUCUCCGCGGCUGACAAGCUCUACUAUGCUCAUGAUGCCCAUCACCAACGUGUUCGCAGCGACUCCUUCAAUGAGACUUCUACAACGGUUCACCGUGUGCUAGUUCGCAAAUGUAGUCACGAGGAGAUUACCACCGGCAUUCCAAAACGCUUUAUCAUCAAAGUGGACGAGACGAUUGAGCAGCUGCAAGGGCAAGAGGCUAGUGAAGGCCGAUGCCAAAUCACAAUCGAAGACAAUGGACCAAAAGUAAUUUACCUUGGAACGGCGGGCUCAGGUGGCCUCAAAAAGGUUCCGGUCUGUGGCACUUAUGCACUGUCUAAUCUCCUCCAAGAACUGUACCUUGCUAAGGAGCACGGUCAUAAGACGAUCUCGCUCGAUAAGGAUCGAAUCAUGGAGGAACCUGUCAAUCGACUUUCUCGGCGGAUCAUUCACGAAUUCUGGGACAAUCUAACGAGAGUAAUCGAUGGCUCCGUCAUUGAAAAAGCCGGCAAGGAUCCUAAGGAUUGGACUGACGACCCACGCCCUCGUAUUUACGUUCCGCAUGGAGCUCCGGAGCAAUUUGAGUAUUACUGCCAGGUAGCAAAUGAUCGCCCUGAAAUCCGACUAGAUGUUUGCUUGCUGCCCGAGAAGAUAACCCCAGAGUACAUUCGAGAUCUCAACGACAAGCCAGGCCUCCUCGCAGUAGCUAUGGAGGAGAACUUGGACGAAAAGACGGGCAACGUCAAAUUAAAAGGGGUACCAUUCGUGGUACCCGGUGGACGAUUCAACGAACUCUACGGCUGGGAUUCCUACAUGGAGUCGAUUGGCCUGAUUGCGAGCGGAAAGACCCACCUGGCCAAGGCGAUGGUCACGAACUUCGUCUUUUGUAUUAAACACUAUGGUAAGAUCCUCAAUGCCACUCGCUCUUACUACCUCGGUCGAUCUCAACCUCCUUUCCUAACGGACAUGGCGGGUAUGGUAUACGAGAUGAUCAAACACGAGGAGACUGCGCUAGAGUUCUACAGAACAGCUAUCUUAGCAGCUAUCAAGGAAUAUGAGACCGUCUGGAUAUCCGCUCCCCGCUUCGACAAGAGAACCUCUUUGUCAAGAUACCGCCCCGAGGGUCUGGGUGUCCCACCAGAGACCGAGGCAUCUCACUUUACUCAUGUCCUUGAACCAUACGCGAAGAAGCGGGGUCUUUCAACCAAGGAUUUUGUGAAGGAGUAUAAUUCCGGUUCAAUCAAGGAGCCAGAGCUGGAUCGUUACUUUCUUCAUGACCGUGCCCUUCGCGAGUCCGGCCAUGACACAUCGUACCGAUUGGAGAAGGUGUGUGCCAACCUCGCAACUAUCGAUCUUAAUUGUCUUCUAUACAAGUACGAGAAGGAUAUUGCGCAGGCGAUUCGCAAUCAAUUCGACGAUGCUCUUCCAGUCCCUGCGGAGUUUUGUGGUGGGGAGAUGAAGCCCGGAUGCAUUAUGACGUCCUCUAUCUGGGAGAGACGCUCAAGAGUGCGCAAGCUGGCUAUUGAUAAAUACUUGUGGAACGAGGAGAGGGGAAUGUUCUUCGACUAUGACACUGUAAAGAGAAAGCAGUGUACUUACGAGAGUGCCACAACCCUUUGGGCAUUAUGGUCGGGAGUCGCGUCCCCGUACCAAGCUAGUCGUCUUGUACAAGAUGCUAUUCCGCUUUUCGAGGAGGCCGGUGGCCUGGCAUCUGGGACCGAGAGAUCUCGCGGCGUUAUCAGUAUCGAUAGGCCAAACAGACAAUGGGAUUACCCCUACGGAUGGGCACCGCAGCAGAUGCUUGCGUGGGGAGGACUAAAAAGAUAUGGGUACGAGGCUGUUGCGCAACGUCUCGCUUACAAGUGGCUCUACAUGAUGACCACAGCUUUCGUCAAUUACAACGGCGUAGUUGUUGAGAAAUACGAUGUCACAAGGAAGGAUGCUCCCCACAAGGUGGACGCUGAAUACGGCAACCAAGGUCUUGAUUUCAAGGGUGUGGCCAAGGAGGGUUUCGGAUGGGUGAAUGCUUCGUAUAUUUACGGACUACAAGUCGUUUCCGCUCACCAGCGUCGUGCCAUUAGCACCUUGGUGGACUGGGAGAUGUACGACAACGCCAUCAAGAGAGGCAUUGAAUUCAAGGUAUCCGAGGACUCGGCAGACGAUGACGAGGAAAACUACGAUUCUUCCGAAGACAGUCCCGAAGUGAUUCCUACGGGGGUAGAGUCCAACUGCACUGGUCAGUGGUCACUGUGGCCAACGGGUGUCGUCGUCGCAAGAUUACUUCGAUCUCCAGAGAGUCGACCUUCAUUCAACCUUCAGUUAUAUCCAGAACCUUGUCUUCUGCCAUUGCUCCCACUCCCACUCCAGCCUCCAAGCCUGCCUCUAUUCCCACUCACACCAGCUGCAGGUCUGGCUGACUUGGGACGAGGGCUCAGCACGGCACGGCACGGCACACUCGCUGUAUACUCUCAUCCGAUCGCGAGAUUGUUGCACAGGAGUACUGAAGACUGGAUUACGCUUCUAACCUUCGAUCCGGACGGGGAUGUGCUGCUCCGCUUCCAAGCGCCCGCCGAAUACCAUUUCGAAUCACCUGACACCAACGAGGUGGAACCACCCGUGACCCCAGAUCACGGGCACCCCUUUCAUCCCCUCCUCUCGCCCUCCUGUCUCUCGGAGAGCAGUACGGCAAUCGACGACGAGUUUUCCGACUUCAGCUCUUUCGGGCCAUGUGUGUCCGCGCAGACGAGAGAGAUCACCAUGCGCGUUUCGUCCAAGCACCUGGGUCUUGCGUCGCCGGUUUUCAAGAGUAUGUUUUCCGAGGGCAUGUUUGAGGGCGAGAAGUUGAUGGUUGGGGAGGAGACGGUUGUGGCGAUGGAUGGCGAUGCGCAGGUGACACUGGAGAUGCUGGACGGUCUGGCUAUCUUGGUGGACAAGUACCAGAUGCUUGAGGUGGUGGAGAUGUUCGUCAAGAGCUGGAUGCCUCAACUCAAGACGUCGAUACCCAGGAGUCUCACUCCAGAGUUGCUGUCCUGGCUUCGCAUAGCUUGGGUGUUCCGCUUACCGCGAGAGUUCAAGCACGGGACGAGGAUCGCUCAACUGGAAGCCAACGGGCGACUUGGCUACGAAGGAGACGAAAGGCCUCUCCCACUCCCGGAUCACAUCUUAGACGAGAUUGAAAGGCACCGCCAAAAAGGCAUCUCAGAGCUCCUCGGCUGCAUCAAGAAAGUGGCCUCGACGUACGACGGCUCCAAGGUCAACUGCCGAAAGAACUACAGCGAGCACACCGACCUCAAACGCACCCUAUGUUGGGAUGUCCGUGAGACAGACUGCCGACAAGAUUCUGACCAUGUACUCGAUGACGGCGCCGCUGGACGCUCACGGCUGCGUCGACUGGAUCCGGGACCGGUGCGCGAAGGUGGAGCAGGCCCAGCAGGGCCUGAAUUUCGAGCUGCUGGCCAUCCAGUCUGCGAUUUCGAACAUGCAGAAGAGCCUGUCGAGGCAGGAAUGAAUGAGAGGGAGGGAGACCCCUUUGCGCGUGGAACAUCUACCGGUACCGUAUUCGUUGCACGUCCACGGGGCUGGAAAGCUGUCAAGACAGCGUGUGGCCCGAGCGAGGGCGAGAGGUUAAUCGGAGGCGAGGAGGGCCGAGGGAGAAACCCUCCUCUCCUCAUGAGAGCGGUUGCCGUUAUCUCUGCGGGCAUCCGAUCAGGACUUGCUUUGCAGCUUCUCCCUCUAGCUGGUUUUUCAGGCCUGAGCAAAUCCCGUUUCGGGACUCGUUGGAUCUGUGGAUACCCCGGAUGGAACUAUCCGCUCUUGCACUCGCCAGCUCUGUGUUUACGGUUCAUCAGUCCGCAACCCUAG